AUGUUUAAAAUAUUUUCACGUCCUAAUAAUAAUAAUAAUAAUUCAGACACCAAUACUCCACCAGGGUCUCCUUCUAAUAAAGUAAUAUUUGCCGAUUCAUUUUGGUCUUGGUAUAUUGAUAGUUAUUUAAUUAAUGAUAAACAAACUCAUAUUAAACAUACACCUUAUAAUAUCACCAAAUAUUCUGAUAAAUCUCAUGAUGUAACCACUUUACAAAAAUAUUUCACCACCAAUAAAUUAACUCCUAUACCUUCAACGACACAAAUAAUUGCUAUAUUAAAAUCACCUUUUACUCAAGGAGAUUUAAAUAAAUCAUAUUAUUUAAUACGAAUGUUUCAAUUAUCUAGUCAAGGAUUAUUUUUAACUAAUUCCCCCAUGGAUAAAUUAAAUCAUCCAAUACAAUUUUUGGGUGCAGAAAAUUGGGAUAAUGUCAUGUGUUAUUUGGAUGCAUUAUUAUUUGCCAUGUUUGCUAAUUUAGAAAGUUUUGAACCAAUACUAUUUAUACCUAAUCAUUCUGAAUAUUUAUUAAAUCAAUUAUCAGCAUUAUUAAGAGUUUAUGUCAAUUUAUUACGUUCAGGAAAUUUAAUCACUACGGAUUUAACGGCGAAAAUUUGUGAAGCAUUGAUGAAAUUAGGAUUCACUGAAGCAUUAAGUCAUAAACAACAAGAUUCAGCUACAUUAUUUGAAUUUUUGACUCAAACUUUAAAUAUGCCAUUAUUAACUUUUAAAAUAGAUAUUAAACAUGGUGGUAAAUUUAGUAAACAUGAUGAUGAAAAAAUAUCUAAAGAAAGAAUAUUAUUUGUUAGUAUUCCUAAUGAAGAAGUUGAAGAUGAAUUAUUACCUGUUGAAAAAAGUAGUAUUAGUCAUACUGAAAAAGUUGACAAGAAAUCAACCACCACUACCACCACCACCACCAUCACCACCGCCACCAUCAUAGAAAAACCACCAACACACCAAGUCAAUGAUAAUGAAAUAAAAGAACUACCUCAGGUAGAUGAAGAAGAUGACCCUAAUCAAGAUCAAGAAGAAGAUCUGAUAUUAUUGGAAGAAUGUUUAGAACAUUAUUUCAACAAUUCAAUAAGUGUUAAACGUGAAUUAGAAAGAAGAGCGACAUUAUCUCACAUCACUGAAGGAGUUACUGCCACUAAUUUAAACGACGAUGGAUUUUCUUCUUCUGCUCCUCCUCCUCCUUCUUCUCCUCGAGUAAUCACUACACCAAUGUCAAAUAAAUAUGAAUUUGAAACAAUUGAAAACAUUGAUGAUAAAACUCGGUUACGAUCAAAUAGUGUGAAAUCAGAUAAUAUUAAAGUUGGAGUACGACAACGAUCAUCUACUACGUUAUCAUUUUGGUCAGUUGGCACCGAUAAUAAGAGUAAUAAUGAUAAACUGAGACGGGGUAGUACAUCUGGUAAAGAAGUCAGUUUACCAGCAUGGAUGUUUCUUCGAUUAUUACCAUUUUAUACUGAUGAUAAUGUUAUAACCAAUGAAUUACAAAGUGUUGUGAAAACAUCUAAAGAAUUUGCCACCAGAAGACCAAUUUUACCAAUUUGUUUAAAAAGAUAUCGAUUCAAUUCUGGGGCUGCUUCAGGGACUCGAUCACAAAAAAGAAUAAUUAUCCCACCAUUUAUUGAUUUACCUCAAUUUGUUGCUGAUGAUAUUGAUGAUAAUAGUUGUUCAUUUAGAUUAAUUCUUGAAAGUGCUAUAUGUCAUCGUGGGGAUAAAAUUGAACUGGGUCAUUUCAUUGCUGUUGUUCGUAAACAUACUAAUAAAAUUAAUGAAACUGAACAAGAAGCAAAUAAUUCAACUUGGUAUCUUUAUGAUGAUAUGAAAAAAAAUUCUCGAGUUGUUGAAAAAACUUUUACAGAAAUUUUUAAAGAUGAAUGGCCAUAUAUGUUAUUUUAUCGAUUAGUGAGUAAUCAUGAAGUUAGUGGUGCAUCAUCUAUAAAUAGUGAUAAUAAUACUAACAACAACAACAACAACAAUAAUAAUAAUAAUAAUAUUGUUGUUCCACCUCAAGGUUCAAAAGGAAAUUAUUGGUUGUCACAGGAGGAAACAUCACCACAACCAUUGGAAACCAACAAUAAUUUAUCAGUGAAAACACCAACCAAAAGUAUUCCAAUUCUGAAUGUAUCACCAAUAGAUCCCAAAUAUAUUGAUAUUAGAAAUAAAUAUUAUUGGUAUUUCACUGAUGAUGAUAAAAAUUAUUUUAAAGAAGAAUCAAUAAAAUUAAAAGAUGGUAAUUCUAGUUUUACAUUAAGUCCUCAAUUUAGAAGAAAUAGUCAAUGGAGUGUUAAUUCAAAUAUUAGUUUUGUACAAUUGGAUAAAGAUAAAGAUAAAGAUAAAGAAAAAGAAAAAGAAAAGAAAUCAUCUUCCAAUAAUAAUAAUAAUAGUAGUAUUCAUACUAUCACUAGUAAAAAUUCCAACUUUACAAAAUCGAAAAUUGAAAAACCAGAUAUUGAUGAUAGUAUUACUGGUGCUACUAAUACUACUACUAUUACAAAACCAUCAAAUUUGCUUAAUAAAGAAAAUGAAAUCAAAUCCUCUCCACAUUCAUCAAUUUGGAAACGAGCAAUUAAAUUGACAACAUCACCAAGUGUUAAAAUUGAUUCUACUGAAUCAGUAGGAGAACUUAAUAAACAAAUAUCUCCAAUUAAUUUAGAUACAUCAAUCAAUGAUACUACUACUACUACUACUACUUCAUUACCUAAAACAUUAAGAAAUUUAGAAAAUAAUCAAAAGAAACAUCGUCAUCCAUUUUCUCAUAAAAAAUCUAAAUCAAAAAGACAAGAUGAUUAUAAAAAAGAACAUUGUAUAAUGAUGUAA